AUACAUACACAUAUGUAAAAAUCAUUCAAUACUACAGGAAAUCUGGAGGAGACCAAAGGGUAUUGAUUCACGUGUAAGAAGAGAGUACAAAGGAUGUGCAUUGGAUAUGGAUCAGACAAGAAAAUCCGUUACUAUCUUCCAAAUGGUUUCAAGAAAUUUGUUGUCUACAAUGCCAAAGAGCUUCAGCUGCUUAUGAUGCAUAAUCGGACAUACUGUGCCGAGAUUGCGCACAAUGUAUCGACAAAGAAGAGGAAGGAGAUUGUUGAGCGUGCAUCUCAAUUGGGUGUUAUGGUUACAGGCGUGGCCUCCGCCAUGGCGGAGCGGUUAAAGGAAGACGGAAACAAUUGCUAUAAGAAAGAACGUUUUGGUGCUGCCAUUGAUGCUUAUACCGAGGCAAUAGCCUUGUCUCCAAAUGUUCCUGCUUAUUGGACAAAUCGAGCACUUUGCCACAUGAAACGAAAGGAUUGGACUAAGGUUGAAGAGGAUUGUCGCAAAGCUAUUCAGCUUGUCCACAAUUCUGUCAAGGCCCACUACAUGCUAGGACUUGCAUUAUUGCAGAAGAAAGAAUAUACUGAUGGAGUCAAAGAGUUGCAAAGGGCUUUAGAUCUUGGAAGAAGCUCGAAUCCAACAGGGUAUAUGGUUGAAGAAAUAUGGGAAGAGCUUUCUAAAGCAAAAUACAUGGAGUGGGAACUGGUUUCUGCAAGGCGCUCAUGGGAACUGAGUAGUUUGAAGGAAACUUGUGAGGCUGCUCUUAAUCAACAAUGUGCUUUAGAUAUGUCUCGAACAGAAGAGUCCUCAGACGAAGCCUAUAUUACCCAUACCGAGCGUUUAAAAGCUCUUGAACGAGUGUUUGAGAAAGCUGCAGAAGAAGAUAAACCAACUGAGGUGCCAGGUUAUUUGUGUUGCAAUAUAACUCUUGAGAUUUUCCGAGAUCCUGUAAUAUCUCCAAGUGGGGUUACAUAUGAAAGAGCAGCAAUCCUUGAACAUCUCAAGAAGGUGGGGAAGUUUGAUCCGAUAACGCGUGAAAAAAUCGACCCGUCCAAGCUCGUCCCAAAUCUGGCUAUCAAAGAGGCAGUGGCUGCAUAUCUAGAAAAACACGUUUGGGCUUACAAGAUGGGUUGUUGAUGCAAAUGGGGAUUAACAUAAACACAAUGAAGCGGAUGUGAACUU